UUGUCUUAACUUUUUGCUUUGUAAAGGCAGUUUUAUGUGGAAGCUAGAACAAGUAAAGAAACACAAUGCGGUAAAUAAAAGUGUACUUACUGAUCUCUGUAAAAUGACCAACUUGCCCUUGAUUGUCAGAAAAUCCCCUUGCCAGCUCAUCAUAAUAUAUAUAAGGCUUCACAUUCCCCCGGCUUUCUUUUCUAUAUUUGAAGAAGUUCUUCCCAUGACAUUUCCUUGUCAUAGGUGAAGUACUGUUUCCCGCCAAAUUAAACAUCUCCCUCCCUUAUAUUACCGAACUCCUUUCACUACCUACUACUUACAUUCUAUUCUACUGAGAGAGAGAGAGAGAGAGAUGAAGGGGACCUCAAAGGUGAUAAUGGGGGCAACACUGGUAAUGGUGGUUAGCCUUGCCCUGGUGUUGGGUCUAAUUCUAGUUUUGCUUGCUGAGCUCUACUGCUCUCUUUUAUUCCGCCGCCGUCAGCUCAGAAUAACUACUAACACUACCGCUGUAACUGACCCCGCCACCACUGAAACCCCUAGUGUCGACUCCACAUUGCAGCCUCAAGACCAGUCAUCGCAUCCUCCUCCUCCCCCAACAACUCCUCCUCUCAGUAGCUUCCACUCACAGGGCGUUCUUAAGGCUCCGAGAAGCCUACUCUUUCCCGCUAUCUCUAUCAAAGAUGAAAGUAAUACUCUUCAAACAAAAAUACAACUUUCUCAGCUUCAUCAUAAAGUCAUUGACAUCCCAAAAUGUGAACCAAACUCAAGCCCUUCCCCAUCGAUUUCCUUGGCAGUUUCACCGAAGCCAACUCAAGAAGACAAAACAGUAAGCGGGAAUGGAACUACUUGCACUACUACUGAUGCUUGUAAUGACAAAGGCAGUGGUGUCGUUCGAGAGCAUUUUGUGUACAUUUCCAAUCCCAUUUACGACAAUGGUGAAAGCAGAGAAAGUGGAGUGAAUACCCCAUUUGAAACACCGGACACGUCACCGUCGAGAUUAGAAAUGUCGGGUUCUGAUUCUUCUUCAGGAGAAGAAGAUGAGGUUGCUCAGCCAUUACACUCUAGCCCACUAACCCCACCAUUGACACCAAUGAAAAAGCUUCCAGCUGCGGCUUGCUCUGUUUCGCUCAGAGACGCUAGAUCUCUUGGCACUUCAGGAAGUGAUUCCAAUAGUAACAAUGGUCGCUCGUCUUCAUCCUCAGGCUCUCCGUGUACUUCUCCUUCAUGGUGACUCAUUCAUCCAUCUGCCAUAUUCCGAGACUGAUAGGGGGCUUUUCUUCUUUCCUUUCAUUAUUAUUAUUAUUAUUAUUUUGUUUUUUGGGGGUUUAUUUUCUGCUCUUUUGUUAAGAUUCGGAUAUGAAUAUUUUGUGAAUAUAGUAAUGGAGAACUGGGUGUUUUUGAGAAAGUAAGUACUUUUUUAAUGCAUGCGUGGCCGUGGCCGUGCCUCGUCCAUCCAAGCCUUUUCUUUAACCCUUCCUUCUUCAUGCUUCAUUACUGCAUUUGUUUAUUUCUUUUUUGUUUCAUUUGCUUAUAUAAGUUCUACGUGGAAUGAUAUAGCAGAGUUGCAAUAGAGCAGUGUAUAUAAACUUUUAUUUUUUAUUUUUUUGGAUAGUGAGUAUGCAUGUGAUAACUGAGAUGAAUGGGAAGUAAACGACCCACAAAAGAACCAAAAAGAAAAAGUCUCCUCUGUUUUUGAGCCUGUAAUGCUAAGUUCAAUGCUCACUUCGACUUGCGAGGUCUUUGUCUAGUUUGAAAAAGACGAGUCUCUUGGUUUUCAAGAGCUCUAUUAGGCAAGAAGCUUCAGUUCCUGCACAGCCACACUGACUGAAAAUUCAACAAUUGACGAGUUUUACCCAAUAUCACAAAACUGCCAUUGCCACUAAGGAUUUUUUUUAUUAGAGAUAUGGGCACCAUCUCUUUGGCUUGGCUAAGGAGUGCCCAUAAAGCUAGGUGAAAGGAGUUUCAGAGACUCGGUUGUUCAGUGCCUUUU